AUGAGAGCUUACGUGCUGCUUAAUUAUGUUGCGGUUAUUGGAAUCAUGCAAACCUCUAGAGCUCAAUACCAACAAACCCAAUAUCGAGCUGGAGCACAAAUUGGUACUUUUCAUCAACAACAAGCUGGAUAUCAGGCUGGGGGAUCGCAACGGUACCAACAAUCACAUGUUAUCGUAGGACCAGGACCCGUUGUUCCCAAUAAUUUUGGUGGUCAGUUCAAAGAACAACGAACAAUCAAUAUUCAAGAAAAUAUUCAAGGCACAGCGCAACAGGCUGGUUAUGGAUAUGGUGCCGCAUCGAUGACUCAGUAUGGACAGUACGGGGCAAUGGGAGGUUAUGGAGGGAUUCAAGGAACCUCUGGAAGAUCAGUAGCUGAUCUACUGAAAGGGGCUCAAGUGGAUUUAAGAUUGACAUCGUAUACUAAUUCUGGGCUUCGUCUUCCAAACGACACGACGUGCAAUUGUCCAAUUUCCAAUUGUAAUUUCGUGCCUAGCAAUCAGCAAAAUCAAUGCCAAUUCAGUUUCGUGAUCGUGAUAUCGUGCGCCGACCAGUCGAUUCAAUAUGUUCAAUCGAACUUUUAUCCUGUACCGCCAAAUGGUGUCAUGACAACGGGAAAUUGGACAAAUCAGUACACAUUUUUGAUGAACACCAAACCAGUGUCUAUUGAUGUGUUCGUACAGCAUCUCGGUGUUGUCAUUGCUCAGACUACCGGCCAACUUCUUUUCUUCAACCAUCUCUCCUUGGUUGACUCAUUUGUUGUUGAUAUGUCAACAUUCAAUGAGAACAAUUUGCCGCAACAGCAAACGUUAACACUAACAGGCCAACUUUUGCAAUCACAGUUACAAAUGAAUCUGAAUGUUCAGUGCAUCAACAACAUGAUGGGACCACUCUGUGAUUUGACAUGCAACGCGACUAAUGCACAGCCAAAUAGACUUGUUAUAUGCUACAGUAAUAGAACUGAAACAUUUUCAGCUUGCAAGUGGAAUAAUUAUAGGAAUCAGGUCGUUGAUUGUUAUGUUUGCACUCACGGCGUCUAUAACGGUACAUGUGCUGGAGCAAUUGUGCUUCAGGAAACGGGUGUUGCUUAUGCUUUCCGAACAUGGACUAUUGUUCUUGCUUGUCUUUUAGGAAUUGCUCUCCUACUGAUUCUAUGCUUGAUCUUGUCAUACAUUAUUUGCUUCAGCAUUCUCAAUCGAAGAACUGCCGAAGAGAAGGAAUCGACAUACGUCCGAGAAUCCUAUGAAAAUGACAAUUACGAUUCGCAUACGGCUACUACUAGAAAAAUUGAUACAAACUACAAAGGGGAAUAUGGGUCUGACAAACCAUUGAUUGAAAAUGUGGAAUAUACUAGUACGAUUGCCAGCAGAAAACCAGUGGGAAUUUUGGCGAAGAAUCGUGUUGAAGAGACAGUUCCAAUUCAUAUCCAGGACCGUUCGUCUCGUCAGAAUUCCACAGUGGACUACACAAGACAACAAGAUUCACCAAGCACCGAGGACAGCUACUUGGCUAAUGGACAAGUUCAACAAACCACCACUACUACGACGACAACCACUAGAAGAGAGCAAAUUGUGUAA